GCUUGGCGUUCGGGCGAGUAUACUUGGCAUUGAUGUGGCAACAUUUCAAAUGUUGUCUAGGUGAAUGCAGCUGAUGAGGACUAAUCAGAUUUACGUUGUGAAACGUAUUUGAAAAGUCUGAAACCUGGGUACUGCAUUAUCCUUAAUCUGGGUUGUUCAUUUUCGAAUGUUCUUCCUAAGGGUUGUAAAUAAAGAGUGAUAUGCAAAUGAAUGAGAAUAAAGACUGACCAAUCAAUCAGACUCAGUCACUCACACCUACCCCAGUAUGUUAUUCUGAAAAUAAUCAUCAAAAUCUCAAAGCUACAAGAUAAGGAAUAUCAUACAGAAAAAUGUCAACUAAACUUUCAUUAGCCAAGAAAUACUAUGGCAGUGAAAAGAAUGUUUGGGUGGAAAUGAGUAAACUGGCUGUAGACUAUAAUGUUGUCAACCUUGGACAGGGUUUUCCAGACUUUAAACCACCAGCAUCUGCUACAGACGCUUUGAUAGAAGCUGCUAGUAACAAGAACCAUUUACUACACCAAUAUACUCGAGGUUUUGGACAAAGUCGAUUGGUUGAUGUAUUAUCAAAGGUAUAUUCGCCAAUAAUGGGCCGUACAAUUGAUCCAUUUAAGGAAAUACUCAUUUCAGUUGGAGGUUAUGGUGCUCUUUACAGUUGUAUAAAUGGUUUCUUGAACCCAGGAGAUGAGGUUAUUAUCAUUGAGCCAUUUUUUGACUGCUAUGAACCAAUGGUCAGAACUGCUGGUGGAAUACCAGUUUUUGUUCCUUUAAGAAUUAAAGAUUCUGCAUCUGAUGGCAAGAUGUCAAGUGCCCAAUGGAAACUUGAUGAAAAAGAAUUUGCUAGUAAAUUCACUGAGAACACAAAAUUAUUAAUCUUAAACACUCCAAGCAACCCUGUUGGGAAGGUUUUCAGUCGAUCUGAGCUGGAGAUGAUAGCUGCCUUAUGUAUAAAGCAUGAUGUAUUAUGUAUUUCUGAUGAAGUUUAUGAAUGGCUCACUUACGAUGGAAAUAAGCAUCUCAAAAUUGCCACAAUUCCUGGAAUGUGGGAGAGAACUCUAACCGUUGGCAGUGCUGGAAAAACAUUUUGUGCAACUGGCUGGAAGACUGGCUGGACAAUUGGACCUGCUGAACUUAUUACUUCUGCUAUGGUUGUACACCAGAACAGUGUUUAUCAUGUACCAACUAUUACACAAGAAGCUGUGGCAAUAGCUUUUGAGAAGGAACUACAGCAUUUAAACACACCCAAGUCCUAUUUUCAGUCACUACCUCUUGAAAUUACAAGGAAACGUGAUGCUUUAGCAGAUGUAUUACUUGAUCUUGGUAUGCAACCAACCAUUCCAGAAGGUGGAUUCUUUAUGUUGGCUGACAUCAGUUCUCUCGGUAUCACUAUUCCUGAGGAUGGUACUGAUGAUCCGAAAGAUUUCAAGUUUGUGCGAUGGCUGAUAAAAGAGAAGCGUUUUGCUGCAAUUCCCCCCUCAGCAUUUUACAGUUUUGACCACAAACAUCUGGGAGAGAAAUAUAUUCGCUUGUGUUUUAUGAAGGAGGAUGAAACAUUGGAAGCAGCAAUUAAGAUACUGAAGGAAUGGAAACAGACCCUGAAGCAUUGACAUGACUUGUUGCUUACUAAUAUCAUUUAACGACUAAUUCAGAUCAAUAAGGUUAUUAAUCUAGUUUAUAAUUACAGAAUUAAGAAUGAUAUUUUAAAGUAAAUUCAUAAUUACAAGUUUAAACGAGAUUCACCAUUUGCUGGCUCCUUUUGAUACCAACAAAUUCUUGCACCAUUUACUUUUUCAAACAUAUCUUUUUACUAAAAAAUAUGAAAUUUUUGAGUGAUAGAAAAUGAGAAUGUGAUGUAUGACAACUAUGUGGGUCGGUUGGAAAGUUCAUAGGCUGACCAAGAUACUCUCAUGGAAUGUAAUCAAAUGAGGUUUAUUUUUCAACAUAGUCCCCCUUAUGGUCCACAUACUUCUAUCAGUAUUGCAAUGCUUGGAUCCCAUUAGUGAAGCUUUCAUGUUGUUGGUUAAAAAAGUCAUCAACAGCAGAUAUGAGGUCAUAAUCACCACGAUAGUGGUUUCCAGCCAAGUGUUUUUUCAUAUUGGGGAACAGAUGGUAGUUAGACGGGGCCAUAGUCACACACAGCAGCCAUUGAAAUUAAAGCUGGAGCAUUGUCCUUAUGAAACAAGACCCCUUUCAUCAGUUUUUCUGAGCAUUUGGUCUUAUCAGCCUUUCAUAACUGCCUCAGCAAGUUGGCAUAGUAUUCUCCAUUGAUAGUGUGGCUUUUGAAGAUAGUAAACACAAUGCCUUUUGCAUCCCCCUAAGGUUAUCACAUUCCCUGCAGAGAAACUACAUUAUGGAGCUAAACGAUACCAUGAUGCCAAAUUUUAUCCAUUUUCAAGAGAAGUCACUACUAGUUACUUUUCAAUUGAACAGUCAGAUGUCAGUUUACCUGGAAAGAAGCAAUGCAAUUAUUAAUGAGAAAAGUUGUAAUUAAUGCAAGCAAGAUUUCACAGCUUUAGCAUCACUCCUUCAUAGUCGGCCAAUGAACUUCUCAAUCCAACAUCAUAGGAAUUGCAAAAAAUGUAAAAAUAAAAAGGUAUCUCACAGAAGAAAACUCGAAUAUUUUGUUAUAAAUUUAUUUACAAUAAUU